GGAUAGAAAAAAAGAGAGGGAGAGAAAGCAGAGAGAGUGUGAGUGAGCAGAAAAAGGGAGAGAAAGAAACAGAGAGUAAGUGAGCAGAGUGAGAGAGAGAAAGAAAAGGAGAAAAAAGAGAAAGAAAGCAAGAGAGAGACAGAGUAAGGGAGCAGAGAGAGAGGAAAACAGGGUGAGAGAGAAGAGGAAAAGGAGAGAGAGAGAUACAGAUAGGGAGAGAAAGCAGAGAGAGAGAGAGAGCAGAAAGAGGGAGAGAGAGAAACAGAUAUUGAGGGAGCAGAGAGAGGGAGGGAACACAGAAGAGAAAAAACAGGGAGAGAGGAAGAAUUAACAAAAUGAGAGAGAUAAAGAAAGGGGAAUGAGUGAGAGAGAGAACGACAGAGGAAGAGAAACAGAGAGAGAGAAAAGAAAACAGAAGGACAGCUAAAAAAGAUAAAGAAAUAUAAAAAGAGAGAGAGAAACAGAGAGUAAGGGAGCAGAGAGAGAAAAACAGGGUGAGAGAGAAGAGGAAAAAGAGAAAGACUAGAGAGAGAGAGGAGAGAGAAGAGGAAAAAGAGAAAGGGUAGAGAGAGAGAGAGAGAGAGAGAGAGAGAGAAGAGAGAGAGAGUAUCAGUGAGUGUGUGUGAGUGUGUAUCAGUCUCCAGGCUGCGCGCGGACAGCCUGCACUCCUCUCCUCUGUCCGCCUCGCCUCCUCGCGCCUCGGUUCGGGUUCAGUUGGGACUCUCUCGCGGAUCGGAUGGAUUUCCCGCUCCUCGCGGUGCUGCUGCUGCUGCUGCUGUGCGCGCGGCGCGCGGUCCCGGAGCAGCGCGCGGUCCGCUUCGAGAUGCGCGAGGAGCUGCGCCCGCCCGCGCGCAUCGGCUCGCUCUCCAACGGCACGGUCGGCGCGCGCACCACAUCCUUCAGGCUGGUCAGCGCGGCGACGCCGUUCCUGCGCGUGUCCGAGACGGACGGGUCGCUGAUGCUGACGGAGCGCGUGGACCGCGAGGCGCUGUGCAAGAGGAGCGUGCGCGGCUGCGUUCUCGCACUGGAUGUGGCGCUCGUCACGGGCGAGCGGUUUGAGCUAGUGCGCGUGGAGGUGGAGGUGUUGGACGUGAACGAUCACGCUCCCGUGUUCCCGAGCGCGGAGCUCGCGCUGGAGAUUUCGGAGGCUGCCCCACUGGGCACGCGGCUGCCCGUGGACCCCGCCCACGACCCGGACUCGGGCACCAACUCGGUGCAGAGCUACCGUCUGACCGGCAGUGGGCAUUUUGCUGUGGAAACGAUGACACGGGUGGAUGGGGUCCAGUACGCGGAGCUGGUGCUGGUCAGGCCGCUGGACCGCGAGACGCAGGAGACACACCUGCUGAGACUGGAGGCGGCGGACGGUGGGCGACCACCACGUACCGGGUCCACCAACCUCACGGUGCGAGUUCUGGACUCCAAUGACAACAGCCCAUCCUUUGAGCGGCCUCUGUACGCUGUGGAGUUACCUGAAGAUGCUGUACCUGGUCAUCUGUUGCUGCAGUUGCACGCCACUGACCCGGAUCAGGGCCCAAAUGGACAGGUGGUGUACGACUUCGGCAAGCAGGCGGGUGCAGAAGUGAGACGGCUCUUCCGGUUGGACCGCCGCUCAGGACGCAUGACUUUGGGAAACACUGUGGACUUCGAGGAGCAGGCGGUGUAUGAGGUCGAUGUCCAGGCGACCGAUUUAGGCGCCAUACCUGCACCACCCACUAUCUGCAAGGUCAUCAUCCAUCUGCAGGAUGUUAACGACAAUCGGCCUGAGGUUAGCGUGGCUCCAGUGGCACCGGCACCAGAUGGUGCAGCACGGGUCAGUGAAGGAAUUGCAAUUGAUGCACUAGUCGCUGUUGUGACCAUCACUGACCGUGACAGCGGCGACAACGGGCGUGUAGCCUGCAACCUACAGGGGGCACACGGUCACUUCCGGUUGCGUCGCGCCUAUGAAGGAAGUUACGCCAUAGUGACUGCAGAAGGGCUGGACAGGGAGAAAAUUUCCCAGUACAACCUGAGUGUGGUCGCUGAGGACUUUGGCACGCCACCCCUGCGCACUGUGGUCCAGUAUGUGGUUGUGGUAACGGACGUCAACGACAAUGCUCCAAUCUUCAGCGCCAAAGUGUACGAAGGAUUCAUAGAGGAGAACCAGCUUCCCGGCACCUACAUCACCACGGUGGUGGCCACCGACCCAGACAUCGGACUUAAUGGGGAAGUUUCCUAUGAGCUCCUGGACAGCGAAACUAACACACCGUCACGCUUCGCCAUCAUGAACCAAGCAGGACAUGUGUACGCUCUGCAGAGCUUCAACCAUGAGGUCACGCCCAGGCUGGAGCUGCGAGUGCAGGCGAGUGAUCGAGGGUGGCCACAGCUCAAAAGCAGCGCCAUGCUUGUGAUUAGUGUGGUGGACCAGAACGACAACGCUCCGGCUGUGAUGCAGCCUGUCUUACAGAACGGAUCUGCUGAGGUUCCACUGCCCAGGGAUGCUGGACCAGGCUAUGUUGUCACUCGUAUUAAAGCAAGGGAUGCUGACUCAGGAUCUAACGCCCAACUCACCUACAGGCUGGCGGAGGGCACCGAAUCAGGGUUUUCUAUUGACCAGGACACAGGGGAGAUCUACAUGAGCCGGAGAGUCAUUUACGACACGGACGAGGAGCCAAGAGUGACCAUCACCGUCAACGACAACGGCAUCCCAUCCCUCACGUCCACAGUGACCAUCCGCUUCGCUCUCACAGAGGGAGCCCCGUCCAACGAUAACUACUACAGCGACGGCGAGAGGGAGGAGCCUGGGGACUGGGCAUCUGCUGCACUUGUCCUCAUCAUCACCCUGACCAGCUCGUCCAUCCUGCUGCUGGUCGGGAUCUCUGUGUAUUUCUUCUGCGGCCGAAAGAGAAAGAACCAGACGAGAGCAGUGGCGGAGACCCAGGACCCAGCGGAUCAGCCCUACACUGAGAAAGAGACCAACGUGGUCUCGCUGAUCUCAAACCAGACGACCAACGUGUUCGACACGCACACCCUGACCACCAGAGUCAACACAGGAUCCGCAGAAAUCAUACACAACAGCGUGGAGGCGAGCUCGGACAAUGUGGAGGCCACGCUGCUCUACAAAUCAAAGUACCGGACUGGAGUGGGUCAGAUGGACGGUUAUUCCACACUUCCUGGGUACGGCAAAGACAGCACACGCCCCAUAACUGUGUGGAAGGGGAACUCCAUGGUGACCGUUGCGGCACGCGACCCACAUAUCAGCGGCAAGGACAGCGGGAAAGGUGACAGCGACGUCAACGACAGCGAUUCGGAUAUCAGUGGAGAGGGAGCCAAAAAAGAUUACUCUACUUAUAAAGGGCUUUGGGCGUGCACCAGCGAGUGCCGGAUCCUGGGUCACUCAGACAGAUGCUGGAGUCCAUCAGCCACUCGGGCCAGCGGCGCCCGGCACCUGUCCACGUUCUCCCGGGCCGCCCCGUCCCCUCUGAACAGCCGGCAGGGACCCGUCUACUACGAGAGCCAGGCGUCCCGGACGGCGGCCCUGCAGAGCGUAGCGGAGAGCCAGCAGAGCCAGUGUGAUUACAUCCACAUCUGCUCUCCACAACCGCAGAGGAGAAAAGACAGCGAGGAGAUGGAGACGUUCACGCACUCAACAAAACCCAUCCCAGCCAACAGUCCCCGGAGGUUCACGGACGCGUGACCGAGUAACGUGUUCUGAUCUGUUUGACUGUACACGUGGCAUUUUGUAUAUAUAGAGUAUAUUUUUUACUGAAAAUAUAUCGACUUUUCAUGUUUUCCUAUUUUUCAUGGCAUGUUUAGCUAGGCUACGUUUCCAAAACACAACCCCGUUUCCAGGUCGGUCGUGAGAACUUCACGUGGGCGACAGCGUGUUGAUAAAUGUGAUUGUAUUUGUAUUACAUUUGGUCACUGUGUUUCUGUAAUAAACAUUUUCAAGAAA